CUACUACCACUAUAAGUCACAAGGCUCAUCCAACCCACACAAUUAUUAUUUUUCUUGACACAUAAAUUCUUUAGGCCAAAAAAUGGCCUAUCAAAAAAGCAGAGCAAAAAAAUGCUCUGUUUUUUGCCCUUGUUAUUACACCAUUGUUAUAAUCACAUUGCAUUUUUUGUCCACCUUUAGCAGAGCUCUAGGGCAGUCACCAGCUUUCGCCUGCGACACGACGAGCAACGCCUCGUUGUCGAGCUUAGGCUUCUGUGAUACGUCGAAGAGUGUCGAAGGGAGGGUGGCAGAUUUGAUCGGACGACUAACAUUAACAGAGAAAAUAGGGUACUUGAUUAGUGGAGCAGCUAGUGUUAAUAGGCUUGGGAUACCAAAGUAUGAGUGGUGGUCUGAGGCUUUACAUGGAGUCUCAAAUGUUGGUCCUGGUACACGUUUCACUAGUGUUGUUCCUGGAGCUACUAGUUUCCCUCAAGUUAUUACAACUGCUGCAUCUUUCAAUACUACACUUUUUCAAGCCAUAGGAAAGGUAGUAUCAAAUGAAGCAAGGGCGAUGUACAAUACAGGAUUGGCAGGAUUGACAUAUUGGUCACCAAAUGUGAACAUAUUUAGGGAUCCAAGGUGGGGAAGAGGACAGGAAACUCCAGGGGAGGACCCACUUCUUUCAAGUAAAUAUGGAUCAGCUUAUGUUAGAGGUUUACAGCAAACUGAUGAUGCUGAUUCUAACAAGCUUAAGGUUGCUGCUUGCUGUAAACAUUACACUGCCUAUGAUGUUGAUAAUUGGAAAUCUGUCGAUCGUUAUCAUUUCAAUGCCCUGGUGUCACAACAAGAUUUGGAUGAUACAUAUCAACCUCCUUUCAAGAGUUGUGUUGUAGAUGGGAAUGUUGCUAGUGUUAUGUGCUCCUACAACCAAGUCAAUGGCAAGCCUACUUGUGCUGAUACUGACCUUCUUUCUGGUGUUAUUAGAGGAGAAUGGAAGUUAAAUGGCUACAUUGUUACAGAUUGUGACUCCAUUGAUGUGUUGUACAAUAAUCAACAUUACACCAAAACCCCAGAAGAAGCUGCAGCUCAGUCCAUUUUAGCAGGUGUCGACCUUAACUGUGGAUACUUCCUUUCCAAGCAUACUCAAGGUGCGGUAGAUAAAGGACUAGUGAAGGAAACUGAUAUCAACAAAGCGAUCUCCAACAAUUUGAUAACAUUAAUGAGACUUGGCUUCUUCGAUGGGAACCCGAGCAAGAAACCUUAUGGAAACCUCGGUGCUAAAGACGUGUGCACUUCAGAAAAUCAAGAGCUAGCUCUUGAUGCUGCAAGACAAGGCCUUGUUCUUCUAAAGAACAAUGCAGGUUGUUUGCCAUUUUCUGCUACCAAAAUCAAGUCACUUGCUGUUAUUGGACCUAAUGCCAAUGUUACAAAGACAAUGAUUGGGAACUAUGAAGGCAUCCCCUGCAAGUACACAACCCCACUGCAAGGACUUUCCGCGUAUACUUCAACAACUUACCAACCCGGCUGCUCUAAUGUAGCAUGUGCAGCAGCUCAAGUUGAUGAAGCAAAACAGAUAGCAUCAACAGCAGAUGCUACCGUUCUCAUUAUGGGUGCUGAUCAAUCCAUCGAAGCAGAGAGCCGAGACAGAGUUGAUCUGUACCUUCCGGGGCAGCAAUCUUUGCUGGUGGCAGCAGUAGCGAAUGUAUCCAGAGGACCUGUGAUUCUGGUCAUAAUGUCUGGUGGUGGUAUGGACAUAACUUUUGCCAAGGACAAUGACAAAAUCAGUAGCAUUGUGUGGGUAGGUUAUCCUGGUCAAGCUGGUGGUGCUGCUCUUGCUGAUCUCAUCUUUGGUGCUUACAAUCCAAGUGGAAGAUUGCCAAUGACAUGGUAUCCACAAUCCUAUGCAGAAAAGGUACCAAUGACCAAUAUGAACAUGAGACCAAACCCUACAACUGGGUAUCCAGGAAGGAGCUACAGGUUUUACACGGGAGAAACUGUGUACAAUUUUGGUGACGGCUUAAGUUACUCUGACUUCACCCACCACCUUGUCAAGGCACCUACAGAAGUCUUGGUGCCAUUGCAGGAAGAACAUGUUUGCCAUACUUCGACCUGCAAGUCAAUAGAUGCUCUUGGAGAGCAUUGCGAAAACUUAGGAUUUGAUGUCCACCUAAAAGUCAGGAAUAACGGAGCUAUGGGAGGAAGGCACACGGUGUUCCUCUUCUCAUCUCCUCCAUCUGUUCACAAUUCUCCUAGGAAAAACCUGAUUGCUUUCGAGAAGGUGUUCUUGCAUGGGAAGACGGAAGGCAUGACCGUUUUUAAGGUGGACGCCUGCAAACAUUUGAGUGUGGUUGAUGAGGAAGGCAACCGUAAGGUUGCUUUGGGAGUUCAUCAAUUACACAUUGGCAACAUGAAACAUUCAUUCAAUGUCAGGAUCUAAUGAGUUAGCUUAGGUCUCUACAAAUGAAAAACUCAUGGUAAUUCUUUAAGAGGACAAAGAAACAAGGGAGAUUGAUGAUAAUAACAAAACCCAAACAAAAAAAAAAAGAAAGAAAGACAUACAGAUGAAGUUAAGAGAGUUAGAGUUUGCUGUUCAAUUAAACGGAGGGAGUCGUAAGAUUCCUCCAAUUGUUCUACCUAAAGCCAAUUGUUUCAACGACUAAUCAUUGUUGUGUGGCAAUAAAUUUGAAUGAAAAAGAGACUAAAAUAUGUAUUACUUUUAUUAAAUACUUCAUAGUUCUAUCUGUAGAAGUAAUUCCUCCGGUCUUUAUGUUAAUACUUCCUUAAAGAGGAAAUGUUACAUGUCCUUGUUCUUGUCUCC